AGCGUGAUGACGUAGCGCGGUGGAGAAGAGACGAUGGAUGAGAUGAGUGACAGCAGGAGCGCGAGACAGAUGACACGGACACAACAUGAAAUGAUCUGAAUGAUCAGUGUGUGGAGAUGAUGGUGAUUCACAAACACACUGAAAUAUUUGUGCUGAUAUCUGGAUGAUGUUGUUAGCGGUUGAUUUGCAGUGAAGGGAACGCGCUGUUCUGGCAUCAUGAUGAAACACUGAUUCACAUCAUUCAUGUCGGACUGAAACAUUCGAGAAAAACAGCAACAACACGAUCAUCUUCACACACACACACACACACACAGCACGAGAGAGAGAGAAGCGAGCAAGAUGGGAGAGCAGCCGAUCUUCAGCACUCGAGCUCACGUCUUUCAGAUCGACCCGAACACUAAGAAGAACUGGCUGCCCACCAGCAAACACGCCGUCACUGUGUCGUAUUUCUACGACAGCACACGCAACGUCUACCGCAUCAUCAGCCUGGAUGGGUCAAAGGCGAUCAUCAACAGCACUAUCACUCCAAACAUGAACUUCACCAAAACAUCACACAAGUUCGGUCAGUGGGCGGACAGUCGCGCGAACACCGUCUACGGUCUCGGCUUCUCGUCAGAAGCUCAUCUGAGUAAAUUUGCAGAAAAAUUUGCAGAGUUUAAAGAAGCGGCGCGAUUAGCAAAAGAGAAAUCUCAGGAGAAGAUGGAGUUAACCAGCUCACCAUCACAGGAAUCGGCGACAGACCUUCAGUCUCCAGUGACUCCUGAGAGCAUCAACGGAACAGAUGAGCAAGUGACACCUGAUGCCGCGUUUAACGCCGAGAGCCGCGCGGAGCCAAACGCUGUACCAUUUCCUCACAGCUCGACAUCCAUCACUAAACACUGGGAGGCGGAGCUCGCGACACUGAAGGGAAACAACGCCAAAUUAACGGCAACGCUGCUCGAGUCCACCGCUAACGUCAAACAGUGGAAACAGCAGCUGGCAGCGUAUCAGGAGGAGGCCGAGAGACUGCACAAACGGGUGACAGAGCUGGAGUGUGUUAGUGGACAAACAACAGGCAUCAAAACACAGAAAACUGAACUGAAUCAGACCAUUGAAGAACUUGAAGCCGAACUCAAAGCCAAGGAGGAGGAACUGGAGAAGCUGAAAGAGGAAGUUGAAAAUGCAAACCAGCUGCAAACACAGAAAGAUUCACUUACACAGAAGCUGCAGGAGACGCAGUUGCGGAACGCAGAGUUGGAGUCUCAGCUGUCGGAUCUAGAACAGCGUUUGGAGAACAGUCAGCUGGAGGAUGAAAUGUUCCGGAAGAGUCUGCGCUCGCUGCUGGAGCUGCUGGAUGGAAAGAUCUUUGAGCUGACAGAACUGCGCAACAGUCUCGCUAAACUCAUCGAGAGCGGCCGCAGUUAAAGACACACCAACAGCAGCGCCCUCUAGAGGAAAACACACACAUGCGUUUGUAACACACAUUAAAGAUGAAUCAACGUUGUUCUUAAAACUAGAAUCAUGAAAUAAAGCGGAGAUGAAAGGGACUGAAGGAUGAUUGACAGCUCAUAUCUGCCACUAACAGACGUGAAACUGCUGCAUCAGUUCAAGAGGAACUUUAUUACGUCAGCUAGAAAACCAUCCUGCAACUCUUCCACACUGAACUUCCAUGAUCUGAGCAAUACAAGCCAAACACAAGAAAAACUAUGAACAUUCAGUUUCACUAUCAGGUAUUUUACAUCUCACACACACACACACACACACUUUGCAAGGACACUUGGAGUCUGGAGUGUGUGUACAAAAGUCUUUCCUUUCUAAACUAUUUUUUGAAUUGAAAUAUGAGGUGAAAUCACUGCUUUACUUGAUACUGUUUGAUUUCUGCUUAUUUAUUGUACAGAAAUAGAAAUAUUAAUCACAGUGUGUGCAUUCAUUCCAGUAUCAUGUUUGUUUUAAUCUUGUUUUAUUUGCGAUGUGGAAAGAUGGAAAUAUUUUUGAACUAUUGAACAAUUUAAAGGGAAACGGUGACAUAUCACUUGAUUUUGAAGAGAGAAAGUUUUUCUUUGUGAAAUGUGUUGUACAGAUGAAGCUCAUGACGGGGUUUAAUUCAUGUUUAUUUCAAGAACUUUAAGGGCUUGCAGCAGAUAGAUUUAUUAAAAUAUUAAACAUGUUUGAGCUCAAAUGAUACACUUGAAAUAAUAAUUAAAAAUAUUGAAUAUAACACACGCUUAAACACAAUUAUAAUUCUGAGUUUCUAGUCAAAUUAAAGAGGAAAAAUCACCAAAGUGUUUCUUUUCAUCUUUCAUUUAUAAUAUUCUGGAAUACUUGAUCGUGAUCUGUCAAUCACUUUAAAUUUAGCAGUGAAAUAUUUCAGAUUAAUGUUUGUUGUGUGAAGCAACACUGUAUAUAAUUAAUAUAUGUAUGUAAAAUUAAUAUUUCAUACACAUGUAUUCAGUUAUUUGCUAGCCGUGUAAUUAGCAGCAUAAUUCACUUUGUUGUAUGACAAACUGCUUAUGUUCCUCAUCUGAAGCAAAAAUACACUGUACAAAUAUUUGUAAUCCUUUAAUUGAUUAACGAGGAUUUACUGUAAAAUAUACAGUAAAAAAAUUUAAAUAUUUAAAAAGACAGUACAGUAGUUUUUACAGUUAAAUGUUGUAAAAAUUAAAUUUUUUAGAUGGAAAAAGUAUGAUUUUCCUGUAUAAUAAAUGGUAAAAAUGUAUAUUAUGUUUAACAAGAGAGUACAUGUACUUUUUACGGUAAAUUAUUGUUAAAAUUACGGUAAAAAACAAUAAUCGGGCGUUACCAGAAUUCCCUGCGUGACCCAUUACAUUAUAUUUUAUGGGAAUAGUUAUGUUUCUUAUUUUUAAUAUCAGUUAUGUACAUUGGGGUGUUCUGUGUUAUAUUUGAUGUAGUUUAUUAAUGUUUACUGUAUUAUUUUAAUUUCACAUGUGUUACCCUGAUGGUGUUUAGUGUUUGUGUGAGUGACACUGAGCACUGUCUCUACAUGUUUAGUGAUCAUUACUCCUGGAAGAGCCACUAUUGAUGAACUUCAUGUCAUCAUGUGCCUUUUGUAAUUACUACAGGGAUUAACAACACUAUAUAAAGUGAAAAGCAGAUUUUUACAGUUUAUAUCAAGCUUAUGUAAAUUUAACACAACCUGUUUUUUUUUUUACAGUGUCAGCGUGGUCAUGUAAAUUACAACCGUUAUAAACUGUACAUUUACAGGUUGUUCUGUAAAGUUGUUUACAUUUUUAUUGUAUUUUUUACAUAAUUAUUCUGGCAACCACAGCUGCCAGUUAUUUUUUUACAGUGAAUAUAAAUGUAAAGUUAAUAUCAUUACAGUAACUGAUGUUAUCAGACUAUAUCAAAGCUAGAUAUAAUCUCUAAUAUCUCUUUAAUAUUUAGAAGAACAUUAUCCCUUUAUAAUGUAAAUGUAUAUAUACAUUUAUAACCUAUUUCACUGCAUAACAUUAAUUACCCCCAAAUAAUGUCAAAGUUCAAGUCACAUUUGAAACUGAAGAUCUCAGUUGUGCUAAACUGUACCUGUUUCACCUGUAUAUUACCCCGUCAGUACACUGAAACGAGUGUUGAAACCGGUCGGAACAGUAUAGUGUUCAACAGCUAGCUAUGAAUGCAACGGCAUUUAAAGCAUAGAGAUCUAUACUUGUUUGUAUUUAUUUAUUGUUUGUGUGUAUAUCGAUGUUUAAAAGUGCACAGUAACUUGUUUGUGUCAUCUUGGGCUUACAGUGGCGUGUUUGCAGCAUUAUUCAAAAACAAAUGUAAAUUACAAAUGUAAAACCCAGCUGACAGUCAUUGCUGAACUGGAUAAAUGCAUAAGCAGAAAUCUACCACGGCGUACUGGGAGAACAUAUUUUCCUUGUGAAACGUGUGUGAAUAUUUAAAAAAACAUCAGGGGCUUACAUCCCCAAAGCCUCCCUCUUGCAACACCCCCGUUCAGGGGCUUUUCUGUCAUGUUUCCAUUUACUUUUGUCACCGUUAUAAAUUUCAUGUCAUGUUUUAACACAUAUUCUUAACAAGAUCGAAUCUAAAAAUAAAACAGAAUUGCACGUAACAAUUAAGUGCAUGUAUUGUGAAAAAG